AUGUCAACCCCUGCCUCAACCCCCGAUAAAUGUCCAGUCGACCACUCAUCCUUCUCGUCGCCACCGUCAACAUCAGCGCCCGUAAGCUCCCAAGCUUGCCCAGUUGACCACACCGCACAGUCGACAUGGAGUCGGUUCAUGUCUUCUGGCAGUUCUCCUACUCCUUCCGCUGCUCUAUCCCGAGAACGCGAAAUCUCCUCGAUACCAAAAACUGGGAAUGAGAAAUGGGUCUAUCCGUCGGAAGAGCAAUUCUUUGCUGCCAUGGCGCGUAAGAACCACAAUCCUCAGGCCGCGGAUAUGAAAACAAUAGUUCCCAUCCACAACGCUGUCAACGAGCGGGCCUGGAGUGAGGUCCUGAAAUGGGAGGAAGGAAGGGGCGGGGAAGCAUGCGGCGGAGUGAAACUAGUAAAUUUCAAGGGGAAACCACGCGAAAUGAGUCCCAAAGCCCGUUUUAACACGCUUCUCGGAUAUGCUGCCCCUUUUGACCGUCAUGAUUGGGUUAUUGACCGAUGUGGCACCAAAAUGCGAUACAUCAUCGACUUUUACACAGGUCAUAGUGCCGGGGCGCCUAAAGAGAACGUUUCCUUCUAUUUGGAUGUCCGUCCUGCGCUGGACAAUUGGGAGGGUGUCAAAAUGAGAAUACAAAACCUAUGGCCUUGGAAAAAUUGA